AUGGCACACAUCCCGGACCUCGUCCGUGAUAACAAGCUCGAGACGAGCUUUGACGACAAGUUCACGAUCCAUUAUUACGACGACUCGGAUGGCGAGGAGCACAGGCGGCCCAACCAGCGCUCUGUACACUGGGAAGAGGCUGGGCCGCUGGCGAGCGGCGGCUUCGGUGAGGUCUCGCUCCAGCGCUGCGUCGACGGGAACCGUGGCCAGACGUUGCGCGCCGUCAAAAAGAUUGCCCGGCCACAAACCAGGCACUUCGACUACGUGACCGAGCUCGAGGUUAUCGCCAAGUUCUCCCACAGGCGAUACUCCAAGUGUUUCGUUAAGCUCCUAGGAUGA